AUGCUUAACUAUCACGAACCACAGCAUCUACAACAACCACAGGCGAUGCCACAAUUGAGUGGCUCAAUUGCUAACGCCGACAAUUUCUAUUACCCACAAACGGUGAACGUGCCCACGUUGACAUUACAUAACGCUAAUAACGUUGGCGGUCGUGCUGUCACUGCAGCGUCUGCAUUGUUGGCGUCGGCAUCGGCGCCAGCGUCAUCGUUGGAUCAUCUGCACAGUCUGACGCAGCAUAAUGCAUUUGCGGCACAUAAUUGCAAUAAUAGCAACAACACUAACAACAACAACACCAACAACUGCAAUGCCAAUACCAUUAACAUGAGCUCCGCCGCCGGUGAUGGCACAGCUUAUCGACAACAACAGCAUCGUCAUCAACAACAACAACAGCAGCAGCAGCAGCAACAACAUCAUAAUCAUCAGCACACACAGCAGCCGCAAACGGAUCGAAUUGCCGUUAGCGGCAAUGGUAAUACUGUUGGCUGCCGCAAUUCCUGUUCACCCGAUGAGCUUACAAAAAUCGAAGAUAACUAUCCUUUGCACGUCGUUGGCAGUAAACAUUCGGAGAAUGUGAAGCGUUUCUCCGUGAACAAUUUGUUGGAAUUGGCUAAUGAUUGCCGCAUUUCAGGUAGAUUGCACCAUCAGCAUCAACAGCAGCAGCAACAGGAGAAUUUGGAUGGUACGCAAAUAAAUGAUUUAGAUGACAGUUUCCGUAGCAGCAAUGACGACUACCCCGAUGCUUCCAAUUUAAUGGAGCUAACACACACAGUGCCGGUGCCGCGUCAAAAUUCACAACAUCACCUGCCGAAUUCGCAAACCACGCACAUGUUGCAUCAACACAGUGAACAACAGCAAAUGCUUACACAACAUUCACAGCACGUUGCACCGCCGCCACCCAUAACGUCGGUCCAACAGCAACAACAACAUUCACGUAAGCCACGUCGCAAUCGAACUACGUUCACCUCUGGCCAAUUGACUGCAUUGGAGAAGGUCUUCGAACGUACUCACUACCCGGACGCAUUCGUACGCGAAGAGCUGGCUAACAAAGUGGGACUAAGUGAGGCACGUGUACAGGUAUGGUUUCAAAAUAGACGCGCCAAAUUUCGCCGCAAUGAACGGAGCUCUACGUGUGGCCGCUCCAUAUUGGCGAGUACGCCACAACCGGUGCCGCCCAUCACCGUCACGCACAAAUUCGAUAAAGCCAUCGUCGGUAGUGGCAGUGCUGGUGGAUUUUUUCAUCAGCAAAUGGAUCAUGCGGCCGCAGCGGCAGCCGCUUACACUUUGAGCUUUCCAACACUUGGCAUGUAUUCAACGGCGGCGGUAGCUGCCGCUGCUGCAAAAAAUUAUGCAAAUUCCUAUAAUGCAUUUGGCAGUGGACCCGCGGUUGGUGCUACUGUGGAUGGACUCACCGGUGCAGGGGGUGGUGGAGGUGGUGGCUGUGGCUUCUUUGGUUCUUCGAAUUAUUGUGCGCCUGCUACUGGUUAUCAACACAGCUAUGCAACAUUGCGGUACAAGGGAGCUCAAGGAUUUUAGCGCUAUGAAGUGAAAUGUUAAUAGAAGCUGGAGAUAAGUGAAUAAAAAGUACAACUUAGUUAAAUUUUCAUUAAU